AUGGGGUAUGACAGUUCUGCCAGCAGUUCUAAUACAGAACCAGUUAGAAGUACUGGACAUAAGACUGUUCCCAGUAUACCCCCAGCUCCAUCUUUCCCUGGACCCUCUCCAGCUCCAACAGUUGCUCCAGUGAACAGAGAUAAUAAAGAUGAGCAGUCCCAGGAUAAGAAACGGGAGCAGGAGCGCCGAGAACAGGAGUUGGAGCAGGAACGGCAGGAGCUGUUUAACGGGCAGGAGAGGUUACGGAAGGAGAAGGAGGCCCUGGAGCAGGAGAGGUUUAGGUUGGAGGAGGAGAAGAAGAACUUCAUGAACACUCUGGGAAAAUCUGCAGGAGGAGAUCUGCUUCAACCUAUGUUUAGUGAAGAGAAUAGUUUUACUCCGUCCCGUCCCAACCCUAGCCGAGCUCACAUUCCUCUCCGCCCUGUAGUUAGUGACGUGUCACAGUUUAGUCUGACCGGGACGGCUGGUUCAGGAACAGGUUCGGACGAACCUGACUCCGAUACUGGUUCCACCAGUGCUAGUAGUCUAGCCGCAGCGCUUCAGUCAGAGAUCAGAAGACGGGCGGAGAAAACAACCAUGCCAGGUGUGGCUGGAAAGAGUAUUCUGAAGAAAACCGGAGACAGUCCUCCGGGAGGGAAAAAGAUUCCGUUCAUCUCGGAGAAGAAUGAUCGUCAUGAUCUUCUGAUCGCAGAAUUCAAGCGCGCGCACAGGAAAAUGUUCCAAGGUGCGCCUGGAACAGAGGAGGAAGAGGAAUCUAACCCUGGGGGUAUACAGGACCCGGAGAACAGGGUUCAGGUUAAACCUAAACCUCCUCCACCUCCACCUCCCACCACAACAGCUCCGAUCCAACCUUCUCCGACAGCUUCCUCCAGUAGUACGUUUAGAUCGGAGACCUCAACCUCCGUUCGAUCCCUCUCAACCUUCAAACCAGAGUUUAGAAGUGGAAGUGGAAGUGGUAGCGAGGGUAUAGGAUCCGGUAGGUUAAGUUCAGGUUCAGGAGAGAAGGAUUUGAAGGGAGCUAAGGGUCCUCUCCCCCGGUUUAUCCCUGGAAUACCAACUCCAGAUUAUGAUUCUACCCCGGACAGGUCUCCGUUCUCUCACAGGAAACUGUACAUGAGAAACCGAGCUCCAGGUAAAGCUGUACAACCUCCAACUGUUGAUGGAAUAUCUAGAGCUAAAUCAUUAACAUCUCUUAUCUCCUCACCAGAUAUCAAGGUUGAGAGCCGAGUGCCCCUGAAGGGUCGGGCCCCUAUCCCUGGUCCCCUAAAGCCUGCGAUAUCUAUGAAGGAUGUUUCUGGAUUCGGAUCAACCUACUCUUCACACUCUUCACUCAGAAGUUUCGAUGCGCCAUCUUUAAACUUCAGUAACCUUUCAAAAUCCUCGAAACAAGAUGGAAAGACUGGUGGUGAUGGUUCUGAGGUUUCCAGCAAAAUAUCCCAUUUCUCUCGGAGACACAGAGAUACAGAACAAAUAUCUAUGCAGUCAUUCUCAAUAGAUACAGUUCGAAGUAGUGUUGAACCGAAACCUCCGGCGAUAUAUUUCGAGGAAUCGAAACCAUCCCCCUUGGUGACUGUUCAAUCCUACUCUGAGGGAGAAAGUUUUAAUUUCCAAACCAAACCCUGCCAACCACACGAGAUUCAAACCAAGCCUAGUGGAGAUCUAGUGAGUAGAAUAGCUAGUCAGGAUUAUAGAGCAGCUAAUGCUCAAUCAGCUAACUAUAGUAGGAUAAAACCAUUCCCUGAGAUCUCCUCGUUUACCCGGGGUCAGGAGGAGAAGGAUGAAAAACGAGGAUUUAAUAAAUUCUCCGGAUUAAAGAAACAUGCUCCUCUUCCUCCACCAAUACUGAGAAGGAUUUGAAACUGAAGAAGAAGAAAAACUAAGAAACAAUUCGUGGUUUUGUUUAAACAUCAAAUUUUUGAUUUGAACUUUAGAUGCAAGCUCCAACUUCAGAAUUAAACAACAAAAAAGGGGAAAUAAUCUUCAAAACAAAAUGUGAAAUUCUCUUAUCUAAGUCACGAAUUUGGUCCCGCUCCCAGACCAGAGAUGAGAUUUUAAAAGCUUAAACCCGAGUUAAACCCUGUCUUUGCCUCUACUAGACCCAAGUAAAGCUCAAGUGAAGACCCGGGUUUUGGAUGGCCUUGAGUUUAGUAAAAACCAACCACCUUGGGUUUUUCUCUUUUCAAGGCUCGGGUCUUUAGUAGCUGAUGAUAGUAAAUUUCUAAAAAACUUUGAUAUUUGUAUACAUUUAAAAUCUCGGGAAUUAUUUGUGGUCUCAAAUUUGAUCAAAGGUUUAUAAAAUAAAUUCAUACUAUGCAAAUAAUGUAUCUACGUUAAGUUCGAAUUUCAAAAUUUACAUCUCCUUGUCACAGCUAGCAAUCUGUGUGCUACAGAGAGACAGCUUUCUAAGCAGUCUCUAUAAAUUGGUCGAAUCAGAGCCAAUCCUGACUUGGGUUCUAUCUGAGUUCAACUCUGGGGUUCACUCGGGUUUAAGAUUUUAAAAUCUCAUCUUAGGAGUCGCUUAGAUUUAUAAAUUUUCUAUUGUCUGCACAUAUAGUUAAACGUAUUUGAUUUAAAAAUGUUGUAUAUCCAUUAAAAAUAUAAAUAAGCCCAUCUGAACAACCCCUUAACAGGGACUGUAAUUGUAAUUUCAAGUGACCAUCCAUUUGGCAUGCCCGAUUCUCAAUUCUAAAAAGCUUUGCCUCGUCAAUUUUUCAAUUAAUUUUGUUAUUUUCAAUUGUGCUUACCCGAAGUGACUUGGAUAUUCAUGCUACAGAAACAAUGGAGAAAAUUGUCAGAAUUAAAUAUUUUUCAAGGUACAUUGGGACACCCUGUAU